ACAGAAGCUCCUGCAGACGCCGUGUGUGUCGAGCCCCGCGCACAGGUGUGUGCCGCAGGCCAGGUGGAGCGACCGCACCGGCGCCUGGAGUCGGACGGAGCAGCCCCGGCCCGACCCGAGGAAAGCACGCGACACCCCGGGGCCGCCAGUUAAAGCGCAGCGGGCGAGGAUCGGCGGCCACCGCCUUCUCGGUGCUCCUAGCUCCUGUCCUUCAGUGACCGACCGUCCCAACCCAGGUGCGGAGCUGUCCCGGGCAGGGUCUCACUAUGUCCAGCCUGGAAUUUUCUACGUGAACAAGACUGACUUUGAAUUCACAGAGAUCCACCUGCCUCUGCCUCGAAAGUACUGGGAUUAAAGGAAGAGAUUCUUCCCCACUCCUGUCCGUGGAUAGAGGAACUGGGCUGGAAGCAUGUGGCAGGUCCUUAGAGCCUGGAGGAAAGGAUAUCUGAGCCCACAUGGAGCCCUGGCGUGGGCUAUGCAGGGUCAGCCACGCCCCCCGUGCAGCUGCGCAGUUGCUAGUGCAGCCUCUGUGGGGCAGGAUGAGUACACCUUUGUGGUGGUGGGCGCAGGCUCUGCUGGCUGUGUGCUGGCCAGUCGGCUCACUGAGGACCCGAAUCACCGAGUGCUGCUGCUAGAGGCAGGGCCCAAGGACUUGUUGAUGGGGAGCAAGCGGCUUCAGUGGAAGAUCCACAUGCCGGCUGCCCUUGUGGCCAACCUGUGUGAUGACAAAUACAACUGGUACUAUCACACUGAGGUGCAGCCCGGCCUGGAUGGCCGCGUACUGUACUGGCCACGAGGCCGGGUCUGGGGGGGCUCCUCAUCCCUCAAUGCCAUGGUCUAUAUCCGAGGACACGCCGAGGACUAUAACCGCUGGCACCGUGAAGGUGCUGAGGGCUGGGACUACGCACACUGCCUACCCUACUUCCGCAAGGCGCAGAGACAUGAGCAGGGUGCCAAUAUGUACCGUGGUGGGGACGGCCCCCUGAACGUGUCUCGGGGCAAGACCAACCACCCGCUUCACCAGGCCUUCCUGAAGGCAGCACAUCAGGCUGGUUACCCCUACACUGAAGACAUGAAUGGCUUCCAACAGGAGGGCUUCGGCUGGAUGGACAUGACCAUCCACCAAGGGAAGCGCUGGAGCGCAGCCUGUGCCUACUUGCACCCAGCACUGAGCCGCCCCAACCUCAGGGCCGAGGUCCAGACACUUGUAAGCAGAGUGCUGUUUGAGGGCACUCGCGCAGUGGGUGUGGAGUACAUCAAGAACGGCCAGAGCCACAAGGCUUACGUCAGCAGGGAGGUGAUCCUGAGCGGAGGCGCCAUCAACUCUCCACAACUGCUCAUGCUCUCUGGUGUUGGGAAUGCAGAUCAUCUCAAGAAACUAGGCAUACCUGUGGUGUGUCAUCUGCCUGGAGUUGGUCAGAACCUGCAAGACCACCUGGAGAUCUACAUUCAGCAAGCGUGCACACAACCCAUCACCCUCCACUCUGCCCAGAAGCCUCUGCGGAAGAUCUCUAUCGGUCUUGAGUGGCUCUGGAGGUUCACAGGGGAUGGAGCCACAGCCCAUCUUGAGACCGGAGGGUUCAUCCGCAGCCGGCCUGGGGUCCCCCAUCCGGACAUCCAGUUCCACUUCCUCCCAUCACAAGUGAUUGACCAUGGGCGGAAACCCACCCAGCAGGAUGCUUACCAGGUACAUGUGGGAACCAUGAGGGGCACAAGUGUAGGCUGGCUGAAACUGAGAAGCGCUAACCCUCGGGACCACCCUGUGAUCCAGCCCAACUACCUGUCAACAGAAACCGAUGUCGAGGACUUCCGUCAGUGUGUGAAGCUGACACGAGAAAUCUUUGCACAGGAAGCCUUGGCUCCCUUCCGGGGAAAAGAGCUGCAGCCCGGAAGCCAUGUCCAAUCAGACAAAGAGAUAGAUGCCUUUGUGCGGGCAAAAGCAGACAGUGCUUACCACCCCUCCUGCACCUGUAAGAUGGGCCAGCCCUCUGACCCUACUGCCGUGGUUGACCUGCAAACCAGGGUCAUCGGGGUAGAAAACCUCAGAGUCAUUGAUGCCUCCAUCAUGCCCAGUGUGGUCAGUGGUAACCUGAACGCUCCCACGAUCAUGAUUGCAGAGAAAGCAGCUGACAUUAUUAAGGGGUAUCCUGCACUCUGUGACAAGAAUGUUCCUGUCUACAAGCCUCAGACUCUGGACACCCAGCGUUAAGACCAAUAGCCAUUGCCUGAGGAUGACAGAGAAACUCAUGCCAAGCCAACAGAUCCAACAAGUACAGCCUACCCCAGAUAUUUCUGAAACUGGAUAGAAACUUGGGACCCAGAUACCCCUACUCUUGGCUCAGACCUUCAUGGUAUCUGAGGAAAUGAGGUCAUGGUAACCAGUGAGGCAAGUCCCUUUUCCCAGUGUCCCUCUGAGGGCCUUCCACAAAAAGGCUAGCAAGCAUGCCGGGGCUUUCCUCCUGACCACUUGGGGCUAGCAGUUAAUUAGGGUAGUUAACUCUUGUCAUGGUUUUCUCUUAUGGUCUCCAGCCUUCUCCAGCUCAGAGCUCUGCUUCCAGGAGUAGGAUGAUCCUUUUCCUGGUCUCCCACCUAAGGCCAUUUCUGCAAAGUCAGGGUGGUUGAACUGGACUGGGCUCUCCAAGGAAGCUUUAGCUGAAGCCAAGAGCCAGGCAGCAGCUCAGCCAGGGCUGGUUACCUGAGCUCAUGUCCCUGAUUAGAGGGAAAGGCAGCUGGACGACACCUUAACCCCCUCUUCACUUCUCUCCUGGCGAUUUAAAUCUGAAGAGUGAGGUGCAGGGAUGAGGACUCAGGUGACUGCACGACUCAUGCUUACCUCUCUGGUUCUCAUCUUAUGAAACCAUCCAGAGGAGAGGCUUGCAGGACGUUGUUCAAGAAAAGGUCAGCUUGGCCUUACUGCCCAAGAUUUCAUUGUUUAACUCUUACCACACAAAAGUGCAGGAAUAUAGAACCAGUCCCACAUGCCAGUCACUACCUCAUGCCAAGAACAUGAGCCUACAAGGACCUUUCAUGGUGGCCCUGGAAGUGGCCCAGGAACCAGAGCUACUAUUCUGCAGACAGGGCCGACCGUUUCUUAUUCUCUAGACAUGGGAACAGCAUGGCACCGAGGUUGAUGGAGAGCAGCAAAGGACUUUGGAGUGAAAGAUAAACCAGCCAGUAUUUGAGACUUGGGUGAGGGGAGCGGAUACCAGCAGCAUUUACAAGAGCUCCUGUAAUUCCUCAUAAUUAAGAUGUAAUCGCUAACUUAUCUUGAACCAAGACGCCUCAUCCAAACUGUUCUUACAAGAGAAUGAGAGCCAAAUGCAUUUUAGGUUGGUUUUUCUGAAGAUGUCCAAAGCUAUCAUUUGUAAUGGGGAAGAAAGGGAUCAUUGUAUAGAAAUCACAUUGCUGAGUGAAGAAGGGAGGGGAAAUCUCAGGAUUCCAGGCUCCCCUAGGGACUGGUAUGAGCUGCCUUCUGGACUUUUGAGUCCACCUGAGAAGACUCUUCAAAGGUUUCAAAAGAAAAAUUAUAAACCAUCACUUUUACUUUGAAAA